AUGGAGUCCUGGUUUUACGAAUCUCAUUUAAACGUUGUUUUGGGUUUCACUGGUCAGGAAUUGUCGCGCGCACUCAUCCCCAAGUCGCGUAACAUGUUUCGUCGUUGUUUCAAUCCACACCUGGAGCAGGAGGGAUACAGCGACGAGAUAACGAACGAUACAGCUUGGAGUUGUGUUAGUUGA